AUGCGCUCCUUCCUCCUGCUUUCCGCGCUCGCGAGCGUCGCCUUCAGCGCCAGCAUUCCCGGCCUGCCAGCAUGCGCCGGCAGCUGCGUAGGGACCAGUUUCGGCAGCUGCUCCACCCUCGACGUCAAGUGCAUCUGCUCCGACUCGUCUCUGCUCUCCGGGCUGGCGUGCUGCGUGAGCACUUCAUGCAAUGCCGCCGAUCAAAACGGUACGCGCUCAACCACCACACCCUUACCGCCCCAACCAUCACAUCCCAUUCCUACUAACGCGCCUUCCGCAGCCACCAUCAACUUCGCCAACUCCCUCUGCCAAGGCUACGGCGUAACCAACCUCCCUCAAUCCGCGACCUGCGCCUCGACCUCGUCCGGCGCCGCCGCCUCCUCCACCACCGCAGCUGCAGUUGCGGCAGCAAGCGGCAGCAGCAGCGCCAACAGCACCAUCUCCAUCCCCGCCUCGCUCUCCUCCGCCUUCGUGUCAGCCUCAGCCGCCGCAUCCCAUGCAUCCAGUAGCGCCGUAGCGGCUGCCUCCUCCGCCAGCCGCGCCGCUUCCAGCACAGCAGCUUCCGCCGCGAGCCAGACCAGCUCGGGCGCGGUGGCCACGAAUGUGGCGGGAGGAAUGGGCGCGGGACUCGUUCUUGCGGGCUUGAUCGCCGCGCUGUGA